AAAUUAUUUUUACAGAAAUAUAUUCAGCCAGAGGUAUCGAAAUCUUUCGCACCCGUUAAUUAUUAUUUCAAAACGGACAUACCAAUGGAAAAAGAUACAACGUAUCGACUCUCUUAUUGGGAGGGUCCCAGUAGUACGGUAGAACCUAUCCGUCCAGAAAACAACCUGAUAUGCAGUGACGCACCGAUAUCUGACGAAACAACGCAUAACAUGAGUUAUUUUGGCAACUGGUGCGUGAAAACGGAACCGCCUAUAACACCCUGCGACAAACAGUUACUAGGUAGAGGUCCGAUGGAAAAUGUCACGACACAUAAACAUGAUUACUCGUGGAAAUAUGUAGAUCGCGUUCAACCGACUAAGGCGCAGAAUAAUUUGUACAGUCCUUGUGCUGCUUUGUCCGAUGAUACAACGUAUCGCUUGAGCUACUACAAUUCCUCCUGUUUGCUUCCGACAUCCUCUUAUGCACCCGUUUCAAAAUAUGUCAAAUCGGAUGUACCGAUGGAAGGUUGUACGACAUACAGACUUAGCUAUUGGCCGAACGAAACCCCUGUAAAAGAGGAACCGUACGCUCCAAGAAGAGAAUAUUAUCGCCCGAUGACACCGAUGGACGGAUGCACAACAUACAGACUGAGUUACUGGCCCCACUGUGAAAAGCCUACCGAACCUUUCAGCCCGCACGAAACCGAAAACUUGCUCAACAGCGGUUGCUGCUUUGACGACAACACCACGUAUCGGCUUAGCUAUUUCGGGUGUGGCGGUGACAAGCCAGAUCCCAUUCGCCAAUCUGGCAAUAUCAUUUUUUCGCCAUGUCCGCUCUCUCACGACACCGUCAAUAGGCUGAGUUUCCUGGGUAAUUGGUGCGUCAAACAGGAACCGCCUAUCACGCCUUGCGAGAAGCGGUUGUUAGGCAGAGGCCCGAUGCAGGAUGAAACUACGCAAAAGCAUGAUUACACUUGGAAACAGACGAUCCCGCCGACAGAGCUUCGACCUGAAAACAAUCUCACUUUCUCGCCUUUGCCAUUAGAAUCCUGCACGACCCAUAGAUUAUCUUACAUACCGAACAAUCAUGAAUGUCUGCUGCCUAAUAAAUCGUACGCACCCAUAUGCAAGUAUGAGCAUUCUGGCGUUCCAAUGGAAUCCGAGACUACGAUGCGAUUGAGUUACCAACCCGUGGAACCAGCUGAUCAGAUCGAGAAACCAUGGGUCAUGACUACUGCCUAUUAUCCAGCUGUUAAUCCUAUGGAAGAUAAUACUACGUACAAUCUAAGCUACAUUCCGCCUGGAACUCUCGUUCCACUGCCACCUUGUUCGUCCUCUUGUCCCUCUAUCUCUAAGGCUUACGGAAGUAAAGGGUUCGCGAUGGGUUGGGAUGAAACGGGACACCCAACGGGUCAGGAGUUAAACGACCCGUGCUGGCAUUUGCUUCUUACUUUCACUCAUCUCCUGAGAGCGCAUCGCCGAUUUCGUAGCAGAGAAACCGAUAAAUCCACUUUGGCAUUCUUGUUACGCUCUUCCGCGUUAGCAAUGAUUCUGGGAUUGGCGGUGGCACAGGAGCCAAAUUAUCAUGGACGCAAUAACUAUCAGCAGGAUGAUGGACAACAUGUCGACAAUAGACGACCUACAUCUACUACGCCUAUCCCGAUUUUGCACUGGAACAAACAACAAGAACAUGAUGGAACAUAUAAAACUAGUUACGAAACGGGUAAUAACAUCAUUGCCGAGGAAAGCGGCUACAUCAAGACCAUCGGUGAAGGUGAAGACCGGGCGGAGGCGAUCGUUCAGCAAGGCACCUUCUCGUACACGAGUCCCGAGGGACAGCUGAUCACCAUUCACUACACCGCCGACGAAACUGGCUUUCACGCGCAGGGCGAUCACAUUCCCACGCCACCACCCGUUAGCCCAGAGAUCCAGAAAGGCCUCGACCUCAUCUACGCGGGCAUUCGUCAGCAAGAGGAAGAAGAAGCUCGCGCAGCUGCCGUAAAGUCGCAACAACCAUUCAACCAGCAAGUUGAUAGGCGGGACGACUACAACAGAAAGUAUCAGCAGUGAGCCAUCGUCAAGCCUCUUCCGAUGUAGCGUAUUUACAGCACUGUAUCGUUAUCAAAAAAAUAGCAAUUAAGUUGUUAUAUAUAAGUUACGUUACCCCUUGCGCGUUCCGAAUACACUCACCCAUUAUGUGUAUACAUUUGCAGUAAGAGACAUCGCUUGAUAAGUUCGUCUUCGUUCUUCUAUUCUUCCACCAUUGAUCACGUCGAUCUUUUCUGAAUGUGACAUUAUCAUUGAUGAUUUAUCCCUAUCUCUUUUCUUUCUUCCUUUUUCUCUCUUACUCUCCCUCUAUAACGGAGAUGCCGUCGUAAUUGUGCUCUUUGAGUGCUGGGAAUUGACAUUUCUUGUUGCGAUAAAGAAGAAUGUCACAAGAGAAACUCCACCAGCGACCUAAUCUAAUCGAUUUUACACUACAUUUAUUCAUAGUGCUCAUUUCUAUAUGUUCUAUAUGUAAUAAUUUUGUUUCUUCAAUGUGCGAACUCUUGGAAUCUCGACACAUUUUAUAUAUUAAUACAUAUUUCCUUUUUAUAUCAUAUACAAAUAAUUGUUUUUUUUAUAUAAUUAUGAAACAACAACAAAAUUUUUGAACCAUCCUUUCUUCUCUAAUAUCUUCUAAUUUUUUA